GUCUUUACGUAGACGUUGGGGGCGGGGCCGCUGUGCGCGGUGACUGGCGGCGGCACUGGCGGCAGCUGGAGGCGUAAUAGUUCGGGUCUUGAGCUUGGAGAAGUUCCGAGGCGGCGGUGGCGCCGGCGGCGACUUCGACAGCAGGAGCGGGCCGCGGGCUUGUCGCUCACCAUGCCGACGGUGGAGGAGCUUUACCGCAACUAUGGCAUCCUAGCCGAUGCCACGGAGCAAGUGGGCCAGCAUAAAGAUGCCUAUCAAGUGAUAUUGGAUGGCGUGAAAGGCGGUACAAAGGAAAAACGAUUAGCAGCUCAGUUUAUUCCUAAAUUCUUUAAGCAUUUUCCAGAAUUGGCUGAUUCUGCUAUCAAUGCACAGUUAGACCUCUGUGAGGAUGAAGAUGUAUCAAUUCGACGCCAAGCAAUUAAAGAGCUGCCUCAAUUUGCCACUGGAGAAAAUCUUCCCCGAGUGGCAGAUAUACUGACCCAACUUUUGCAGACAGAUGACUCUGCAGAAUUUAACUUAGUAAACAAUGCCCUGUUAAGUAUAUUUAAGAUGGAUGCAAAAGGAACUUUAGGUGGCUUAUUUAGCCAAAUACUUCAAGGAGAGGACAUUGUUAGAGAACGAGCUAUUAAAUUCCUAUCUACAAAACUGAAGACUUUACCAGAUGAAGUCCUAACAAAGGAAGUAGAGGAGCUUAUCCUAACUGAAUCCAAAAAGGUCUUGGAAGAUGUGACUGGUGAAGAAUUUGUUCUGUUCAUGAAAAUACUAUCUGGGUUAAAAAGCUUACAGACAGUGAGUGGAAGACAGCAACUAGUAGAGCUUGUGGCUGAACAGGCCGACCUAGAACAGACCUUCAACCCCUCAGAUCCUGACUGUGUGGACAGGCUCUUACAGUGCACGCGGCAAGCAGUACCCCUCUUCUCUAAAAAUGUUCAUUCCACAAGAUUUGUGACUUAUUUCUGUGAGCAAGUUCUCCCUAACCUCAGUACCUUGACUACCCCUGUGGAGGGUCUUGAUAUACAGUUAGAGGUAUUAAAGUUGUUGGCAGAAAUGAGUUCAUUUUGUGGUGACAUGGAGAAGCUAGAAACAAAUUUAAGGAAACUAUUUGAUAAGUUAUUGGAAUAUAUGCCUCUUCCUCCAGAAGAAGCAGAAAAUGGGGAGAAUGCUGGUAAUGAAGAACCCAAGCUGCAGUUCAGUUAUGUGGAAUGUUUGUUGUACAGUUUUCAUCAGUUGGGCCGAAAACUUCCAGAUUUCUUAACAGCCAAACUGAAUGCAGAAAAGCUCAAAGAUUUCAAAAUCAGGCUGCAAUACUUUGCACGGGGCUUACAGGUUUAUAUUAGACAACUUCGCUUGGCUCUUCAGGGUAAAACAGGCGAGGCCUUAAAAACAGAAGAGAAUAAGAUUAAAGUUGUUGCGUUGAAAAUAACGAACAAUAUCAAUGUUUUAAUCAAGGAUCUCUUCCACAUUCCUCCUUCAUAUAAGAGCACAGUAACAUUAUCCUGGAAACCUGUACAGAAGGUUGAGAUAGGGCAAAAGAGAGCUAAUGAAGAUACAACUUCAGGUUCACCACCCAAGAAAUCUCCAGCAGGACCAAAAAGGGAUGCCAGGCAGAUUUAUAACCCCCCCAGUGGGAAAUAUAGCAGCAAUUUGGGCAACUUUAAUUAUGAGCAGAGAGGAGCCUUCAGGGGAAGUAGAGGUGGCCGAGGUUGGGGAACCCGAGGAAAUCGUAGUCGAGGAAGACUCUACUGAGUAAGAUAUCACAUUCUUCAGCAUUGUCAUGAGCUUAAUAUACUUAAAUUCUACUACUCAUUGGAUUGCCGGGGAUGUCCCUUUAAGGACUGCUGCCUUCAGCUAAAAACUUAAUGUUCUUUAUACCUUUGUAUGUAUGAUCUACUUUUGUAAUAGACCAUGGUUAUGUCCAAGGUAAAACCUCAAUAAUAUUUUUGGAUGCUUUGUCCACAAUCUUGACUUGUUUUUCCAAUAUCAUCAUUAUUCGGACUUCAUAUUGUGAAUCUUUUUGCUUUUAAACAUCUUGAUAACUUGUUAUUGAGAACUUUUGAGUCUAAAAUGUAAUGAAAUUCAAUUUUGUUCUGAUAUAUGGUAAAGAUCAUCAGUUUUGAAAGGUUACUGAUUUUCCUCUCCCCUCUUAGUUUUUUGCCCAGUAUAUGGAGAAGAGUAAUGGUCAAUCUUAACAUUUUUUCACUGUUUUUUAAUAAAGCUGCUAGGCAAUGGUGCAGCAUUUCCACCUACUACUGUCACAAACACAAAAUACUUACCAGCUUUCUUAAAAUGUAGAAAUGAUAAUGCAUUUUUAGGAGGAAGUAAGUUGCUUUGCACUGCUUACACUGUGCUCUUCUCCAUAUAUUGCGAUAUAGCUUUUGAAUAUGGGAUCUUACUAUUCGAAUAGAAAUGUGUAUGUAUGAUAUACAUAUACACGUACAUAAGCAUAUGUAUGUGUACGUGUGUAUAUAUAUAUAUGCAUGCCGUGAAACUUGAGUACACAAAAAUCAAUAUUUUAAAUUCCAGGAACGGGUAGUCUUUGACACGGUGAUUAUCCUUUUGAGGCUAAAUCCACUAUUCACUUGUUAUCUAGGGUUUUACUUCCAGURGAGAGGAAUUUUGAGUCAGUUGCACUUACAUGAUUAUUGUUAUUUAAAACUAAAAAUAAAGGCUGUAUAUUCAAAGAUAAAAUGUGGAGAUCCCUGUUGGUGAAAUACAGCCAAAUGUGAUGUACAUAUAGAUUUUCACAGGAUGACAUAGCAUAAUUUAGGAUUUGGAGAUUUAAUAACCAGGGCUACCAAGGAAAAAAUGAAUUGAUAACAUAGAACCAAUAAGUAAGGGAUGCUCUCUUGGUUUGCUUUUGCCACUUUCAAGAUUUUAACUUCUCAGGUUAUUAACCAAAUUAUUGUAUAAGUUAGGUAAUAGAGAAUCUUUAGGUUAAAAAACAGAUGGGAGGUUUGUGGAGUGUCUAAUGUCAUGGGCAUUUUUAAUAGCAUAGACCCUUUGCUCUGCAUUUGAAUGUUUCAUAUAUUUUUGUUCCACAGUUAAUCUUCCCUUCCCAAGUUUGCUAUUCAAAUCAAAUGCCACAAUGACAUUUCUAGUAGUUUAAUGUAUUUUUUGAGGAAUAGUUUGUGAUUCCAAUGCAGGUGUCUUUGUUACCAUUAUUCUACACUGGGAAGAAAGCAAAACCCCUGUUAGAAUUACUGUACAUGUUUAUGAGGAAAGUAUUUUUUAAAAGGCUAGAAUGAUACAAGUGAGCAUUAAGAAGUUGGUCAGCUUAACUGUGGAAUGGUGGCAAUAAUCUAAACAUUCCAAAGACUGAGCUGAACCUAAGCUCCCUUGGAAUCUGAACAGACAUAGGAACAUGGAAUUACCAUUUGAAAAUUAACCAGCUAGUCUGGACCUCAGAGACAGAUCAGCCAGUGGCCUAAAGCCAUUUCAAGGACAAACUCUAUUGGAAAUACAGCUAUAUAAAUUUGAACAUUAAAUGUAUUUUUCCCUUCUCUUUUUUAAAGCAUAUUUGUAAACUCAAAGCUGAGCAGAAGUGACUUGACUUCGAGUUUUGAUACUGAGUUGACUAUGUUCCUUCCCUCACCACCUCAUCGUUCUACUUCCCAUUCCUAAGGCAAUAGAUACCAACUUAGGGUUGUUUUAUUGUUGUUGUUGUGUUGUUUUUCUUCAUAACUUUGAAAAACUUCAUGCCAUGGAUAGUUUUUCUUUUGCAAGACACCUGUUUAUCACCUUGUUUAAAUGUAAAUGUUCCCUUAUGCUUUUGAAAUAAAUUUCCUUUUGUAAUUUUG